AUGUCCCCAAAACGACAAGCUGCUGCCCGAGCUGGCGCGGCUUCGGCGCCUCGCCGCAACCCGACUCGCAAUCCCGAAAUACCCUCUUCUGCUACCGACCAGAUGCGCGUGACGAAACCUCGAGCCCGAUCCAAUACUGCCAAACCCACUUCGGACUCCUCCGGCAAGACCCGAUCCUCCGCUCGAACACAGAGACUAUCGUACGUUGGUAUGGAUACUUCUGACGAUGAGUUGUCGGUCGAACAAGACGCCGAAGACACCGAUGCCUUCACCCGAACCUCAAGAAAGACGACGCGUCGAAGCCCCAGGACAGCAACUGCUGGCGCACCUGGACCGACUCGCACAAGCACCGACAACGGUAGUGGCGGGAAAGUUACCAGCAUCAAGCACAAACCAGCUGCCUUAACCCAGGACACACAGGAAUCCGUGGUAGGAGAGGCGCAUCGGCUAAAAGCCAAGUGUUCGCCGCUUGAUCGCGACUCCUCCGAUGAGCAGGACGAAGACGGGUCUGAUCACGACUUGACCAGCGCAAAGGCAGCACCAAAGACCUCUCGGAUGAAGCCGGGUCAUAGGCGACCGCCGCUUGAUAACACGGAUCCCGACCCCGCCUUGACAAAUUCCGUCAUUCCCAAUUGGCUGGAUCCGCAGAUUGAGCACUCGAUAUGGGUGCAGAUCUUCCAAUAUGCUGCGACCUCUGACGACGAGCAAGAUACCCUUGAUACCAACUGGCUUCUCCGGACCGCUCGAACGUGCCGACAAUUCACAGACCCAGCUUUGACGGUGCUCUACAAGUGUCCACCUAUUCGGGAUGAGAUCAAAGCGUAUGGCCUAGUAGAGUUGCUCGAGAAGUCACCAUCCUUGACGGCCAUCAAUUAUCGUGCAAAGAUCGAGGCACUCCAUAUCGAUGUGCGGCUUGUCGCAUUGCAGGGCCUCACCUCUCCGCUGAGGAUGAUGCAGAACCUGCCCCGGCUUACAGAAGUACUGCUUGUCCAUGGAUAUGACCAAGCUCCAUAUCGACUGCUAAAAGAAUCCAUCAAGUGGACGUACCCACCGGAACUCUUCCUAGCUUCUGGGGUGUCACCAAAUGCAAAUGCGGAGGCGGGAGACAAAACCGCUAUAACACGGCUUCGAAGUUGGCAGUGGAGCUCCAGGCUUAUGGCCAAGGACUGGGAGGCCAGCCUUUUGAGAGUCAAGGAGGUUCACCAAAUGCCGAGCUUCGCCUCUCUACGCAAGGUGAAGUAUGUCAACUACCAGAUGCCAUCAAUUCGACGAGACAAGGACCCAGGUUUCAACCCUGACCUGCAGGCUGAAGAUGAAAGGUACGUGGCUCUGCUUGCAGACUCCAUCUCGACGUUGGAGAACCUUGAGGACUUGGUCUUUGAAUCUUCAACCAUAGUCGGGCCGUCUUUGUUCACUCUUCUCCCGGCAAAGUUGAAGCGCUUGGAGCUUAUCAAUUGCGCCGAAGUCAUCGCCGACGACUUGAGCUUAUUCUUGGUUACGAAGGGACAUCACUUGGAAUCGCUUGUUCUGCACCACAACCGCUCGCUGAAUCUAGGCUUCCUCACAGUGCUCGGUUCUGCCUGCCCACAUCUUAGGGAAUUGCGGAUGAACCUCCAGUACUUUAGUCUGCUGGAGGCAAUCGACGACACUCUGCCCUCCUACGACACAUUAUUGUUCCCGGAGCAAGUGCCUAGCUGGCCGUCAUCUUUGCAGCUUGUUCACAUGGAGAACCUCCGUCACUGGAGCUCGGACGCUGCCGAAGCCUUUCUUCAAUCUUUCAUUGACAGCGCCCGCGAUCUACCGAUGCUCAGACAUGUGUCAAUCAAGGCGAUGCUGGACAUCUCUUGGCGGUCGCGUAGCGAGUUCCGCCGAUCCUGGCAGGAAAAGUUUGAAAAGAUCUUUCUCCGGCAGAGUCCCGACCCGAAGCCGCUCUCUACCUUGCGCAAGCCGCCUCCUGCUGAGACGCCCUCUUCCCUGACAGUCACGAAGCGGAGGCUCAAGAAACCGGUCGCAGAACCCUCUCGGCGAAGCAAUCGUAUUGUAUCGCAUGCAUCAGGCACUUCUUCCCGUGCUAGCAGUACAUCGAGGGGCCUUCGUGGUCAACGCCGGAGGCCCCAGUCAUACCUUGAGCCAGACAGUGAUGAGUUCGAUUCGGACGGCGACGUCGACAUGGACGGCGCCAGAGACUCGAACGAAGACGAUGGCGAGCAAAACAGAGAAGGUGCAGCUAUAGAUGCUCCAGUAUCCCACGGGACCUUCAUUCAGGGCAUGUGCACUGUAAUCGACAUCAACAUUGAUAACCAGAAGCCAAGGGAGCAUCAAUACAGCAUGGAUGACUUCCUCAACGACGAGAAAGACUUCGAGUCAGAUGGCGAUUGGGAUGGCGACAUGGACUUCGAGUAG